GGAGCGAAAAAAAAAAAAAAAGUUUACUUCAUCACGCGUAAGAACUUCGUACGAUGAAUGCAUUUUUCUAUUCAUACAGCGUAGAUGAGCAUGAGCAGCUGUGGAAAAUAUAAACGUAUGAACGUGACAAGUGAAGGAAAAAGGCAGAGGUUACCUUGUCGCCGCGCACGUAGGGACUAACUUUUUUUUUCGAUUCGUAUUCCCACGCAAGUGAUGCCCAAUUUGGUGUCACAUUAGGGCUAUUCGUCCCAUACAUAAUUAUACGCGAAUAACUGUGCACGGCACUAACGCUGUAUGAACGAAAUUGACGGGAGAAGCAGCACCAGGAGGGUCUUCCCCCGCGCCAGAGAGCAAAUCUUUAUCAAGUCCAAUUGAACUGUUCAGCAGGCUAGGAAAAAAGAAGAGUCACUUGUGAGGUUUUUUACUGAGAAACAUCAAAAAGGGCAAAACAUAAGUCGCCAAGAACGUUAAUGAUACGUGAACGGAUGUAAGAAAAAAACUCAGGUGAGCACUUAUUUUUGGAAAAAGCGAACCAUUUGGCUGAUCAAAGAUAGGGAUAGCAUUACUGUCCUGUGAAAAUACCUACCGGAGGAAGUACUUACGUGCGGUGUAGUAUUUUGCCCCUCCGUUGAGCAGCGUACCGAUAGAAAGCUACACUUUGAAAGUUGCUUGACUUGUCUUUCCUUCUUCCACCCUGCUGAGAAACCAUGCCGAAAUACUACUGCGAAUAUUGCGACAUCUACCUAACGCACAGCUCCCCGGUGGGGCGCAGACAGCACAUCCAAGGGAGAAAACACAUAAGUGCAAAAAUUGAGUAUUUCCAGAAUUUGCUAAGGGAAGAAGGCAUAACCCCACAGAACUUUUUAGGGUUUCUAGGAAACAGGGCGUUCAAUAAUAUGCUAGGGAACCCAAUGAUGAAUAAUAUGAUGCCAGGAAAUUUCCCCAUGCACAUGAAACAUGGCGGUAUGAAGCACCACUCACAUUAUUCGCGCCAUUCACAUCGCCAUCAUAUGUCCCAUGGUAGGUACAACAGGGAAAGGCACGGCCACCAUAGCUACUCUAGUAAAUAUCACUCGCACCCUAUGCACAUGAAUAGCAAUAGCAUCGGAAACCCAUCAGGCUUUUCAAACGGUAAAUAUUCUGGUAGCUUUUUUUCCUCCCCAAACGCUAUGCACGGUAAUGGGAAGAUGUUUAAUAAUACCAUUCGAGAUUUGGUAAGCAACGUGAAUAUUGACAGUGACCCAGUUAAGGACAGCCAGAAUGGGGAACGAGUUGGAGAUAAUGCGAUUGACAAGGUGAGCAGCGGCAUGCACGAUCAGGGGGAUCGCGGCGAUCUGGGGGAUCAUGCCGAUCACGCUGAUCAUGCCGGUCCGGUCAGUGCCACUGAUGGUACUGCGAAUGGGAAUGAUCAGGUGAGUGUGGAUGCCUAG